AUGGUAGAGAAGUGGGGAGGCCAUGAGGAACGGGCUCCACUCUGUGAACCCACCGAGCUGUUUCUGAUAGCCAGCCCUCUGCAGCCCACAGAGGAAACCCCGGUGACACUGACCUGUAAGAUUCAGUCCCCUCCACAGUCAUCAGAUGCUCAGCCCCAGUUCCGCUUCUUCAGAGAUUCCCAGCCCCUAACGCCUGACUGGAGCAGCUCCUGGGAGUUCCAGAUCCCUGCUGUACAGAAGGAAGACUCGGGGUCCUACUGGUGUGAGGCACAGAAAGUGGUAUACAAGGUCCUAAGAAGCCCGAGGUUCCAGAUGAAUGUGAAGAGAGUCCCCAUCUCUGAUGUGAGCUUGGAGACCCAGCCCCUGGGGGAACAAUUGGCAGAGGGAGACAAGCUGGUCUUCAUUUGCUCCGUUGAUAAGGGCACAGGAAACAUCACCUUCCUCUGGUACAGAGGGACCCUGGGUUUAAACUUGGAAACAAAGACCCAGCAUUCACUGACAGCAGAAUUUGAGAUCCCAGCAGUGAGAAAGAAUGACACUGAUCAAUAUUACUGUGCAGCUGACAAUGGCUAUGGUCCGAAGCUCAGUGGACUGGUGAGCAUCACUGUCAGAAUUCCAGUGUAUCGCCCCAUCCUCACCAUCAGGGUGCCCAGGGCCCAGGCCGUGGUGGGGGACGACGUGGAGCUCUUCUGUGAGGCCCCUAUAGGCUCUCCCCCAAUCCUGUACCAGUUUUAUCACGAGGAUGUCAUUCUGGGGAGCAGCUCAGCCCCCUCUGGAGGAGGAGCAUCCUUCAACUUCUCUGGGACUGCAGAACAUUCUGGAAACUACUCCUGUGAGGCUGACAAUGGUCUGGGGGCCCAGCACAGCAAGGUGGUGACACUGAACUUCAUAGUGCCUAUCCAGGACACAAGGGAUCCUCUGACAUCAGAAGUCAUCGGAGGGCUGCUUGGCAUCCUGGGCCUUGUCAUGGUCGCCCUAUUAUUUUGCUUCUGGCACAAGAGAAAAACAGGAAGGCGUUCAGCCACAGAUCCACACAGGACCCUUCCCAGCCCUGCACCCCCAGAAUUCACCUACCUCAACUCACCUGACCCCAGGCAAUUACAGAGUACCUACGAAAAUGUGGAUGCUGUGCAUGAGGAUGAGAUUUAUUCCUUGGCGUACGGUAUGCACCAGGAACAGGAACCAGCUGCAGCAGCACCCCCGACAGCACGUGUGGAGAAUAAGGACACCUUGGACAUCUACGCUAGACUGAGGAAGACACAAGCUAUGGAUGUGGACUAUGAAGACGCUAUGUGA